UCCAUUCAUUUGAAACGGAGCUGAAACUGCGGUUAUCAGUAGUGAGUACACACAGCUACCAACAAUAGCCGUGUCGUGAGCAGCUGUUCACAUAAUUUCUGCACAAACAGCUCGUGCCGGGAGCCUCGGGGGGACGCUGCAGACCGGUGAUGGCGGAGCAGCAAGCGAAGGUAGCAGCUGGUACACACGGUCGAGGUCGUGCAAGACACCUUGGGCAAAUACGAUACAAGACUGCGUCGAAGAACUGCAUCUACGAUGUGUUGCGGACUAGGCCUGGCUGGGUGGAGGUCAAAGAUGAUGGCGCAUGGGACUUCUAUUGGUGUGAAGUAGGCUGGCUGCGGGAUAACUUUGAUCAGAACUACUUUGAGGAGCAUGUGAAGAUAUGCCACUUCCGCAACCAUUACGAGUUAACACGCAAGAACCUGAUGGUUAGGAAUUUGAAGCGCUACCGAAAGCAGCUGGAGCGAGUAGUGGGCAAAGACGGGCAGGCUCGAAUGGACUUCUUCCCCACGACAUAUGAACUGCCGUCGGAGUAUCAUAUGUUCGUUGAAGAAUUCAAGCGCAACCCUGGAUCAAUCUGGAUUAUGAAACCGAUCAGCAAGUCGCAAGGGAAAGGUAUAUUCCUGUUCCGAAAACUGAAAGACAUUGAAAACUGGAAGAAGGCUGACUACAACAGCAUGUAUAAAGACGACAGAGUGGCGGAGGCCAGACACGAACCAGAAACCUACAUAGUAUCCCGCUACAUUGCAAACCCGUAUCUGAUCAGCGGCAAGAAGUUUGAUCUACGUGUGUAUGCCCUUGUCACAUCGUAUGUUCCACUGAAGGCAUGGCUAUACAGAAGUGGCUUUGCACGCUUCUCCGGCGCUCGCUAUCGGCUUGACACUAUUGAGGACUCGUAUGUUCAUCUGACAAACGUUGCUAUACAGAAGACGGCACCAGACUAUGAUCCUGAAAAGGGGUGCAAGUGGGGACUGCAGGAGCUCCGUAACUUCUUUGUUGCCAAACACGGCCAAGACGCGGCUGAUACUCUUUACAGAGAGAUUGACAACGUCCUCAUCAGAAGUUUGGAGAGCGUGCAGAAGAUCAUCAUCAACGACAAGCACUGCUUUGAAGUAUAUGGAUUCGACAUCAUGAUCGAUGCUAAUCUCAAACCGUGGCUGAUAGAGGUGAACGCUUCACCGUCACUGACGGCGAGCAGUCCAUCCGAUCACGAGUUGAAGGUUGGCCUGCUGACGGACAUGCUCGACAUCAUCGACAUGGAGGGCAAGCUUUCAGGAGAUGAAACGAGAAUCGGUGGGUUUGACUUGAUGUGGAAUGAAGGGCCCGUUCAUUCGCAAGAGAUCUGCCUGAAGGAAACGGUUCCAGACUAUCCAACAAACACAUUCUUAGGUUGUGAAAACGAUCGAGAGACACAGCGAGCCGACCUGCACCGUUCUCUUGCUAUGGCCAAGAUCUUGGCACGUAAGAAGAAAUCCAGUCAAUAAUCAAGCAAUGUCCCGGCUAACAAGGCCACUGCCAUGCUCGAUGGACGGGUGCUUAUGUUCACGGUGCUGGUUUGGCGUAGGGAAGGAGCUGGACAGCCACACAAUGUUUGGUACUAAGCAUGGCAACUCAUAGCCUUCUCCCCCCCCCCCCCCCCAACCCCUGUUUCUCC